GUCGUGGACAGGAUUUCCGGUAGCGGAAACUUUUACUCGUGUUAGGUCCGUCGUUCCAAGUGGUGUCAAGUAAAUUGUCGUCGGGUCGAGUCGAUGCGGAACAAGUUCAAUCGUAUAUCGACAUGUCAGAAGGGACAGACGUAGUGGUACUGGAUGAUCCUAGUGUCGUACAGAAGGAGGAGGUAGCGCACUUUCAGGCGCCGGCAAUUCAGCACAACCCGGACGGCUGGGGUCCAUGCGAGUUGCCGGAUCAGUUUAAGGAUAUUCCUUACCAGCCAUUUUCCAAAGGCGACAGGUUGGGCAAGAUCUCCGACUGGACUACACCGGCCUUCCAAGACAAAAAGUUUCCAAACAAAUAUACAUCGCAAUUCGGUUCUGGUAGUCAAUAUGCCUAUUAUCACGAUGAAGAUGAGACUACCUUCCACUUGGUGGAUACAACUCGAGUGCAGAAACCGCCUUAUCAGCGCGGCCGCUUCCGUCACAAUCAACGUAACAUGCGUGGUCGUGGCGGUCAACGCGGCGCGUUGAGUCAGAUGCAACAGUUAGGGAAACUCAAGUUGCGCGAACGAGAGCGUAAGGGGCAGACGAAACGUUGGGGUAGACAGCAAGGUCUGCGCAAUCAUAAGAAUCAACCGCCUAUCAAGAUUCGAGAUGCCUCCGUCACGGUGCGACCUGACUGGAUCACCAUCGAAGAGAUGGACUUCCCUCGAUUGGCUAAGCUCUCGCUGCCUGGUGUAAAAGAUGGCGAAGACAUACUGUGCUGCGGCUCGCUCGAGUAUUACGACAAGACGUAUGACCGUGUAAAUGUCAAGAGCGAGAAACCGUUGCAGAGAAUUGAUCGUAUCUUUCACACAGUCACGACCACCGAUGAUCCGAUCGUUCGUAAGUUGUCGAAGACCGAGGGCAACGUUUAUGCCACCGACGCGAUCUUGGCCACCAUUAUGUGCUGCACGCGCAGCAAUUACUCGUGGGACAUCGUCAUCGAGAAGAUCGGCGACAAAUUGUUCUUCGACAAGCGCGAUAACACUGAGUUCGAUCUACUGACGGUGAACGAAACCAGCGUCGAGCCGCCGCAAGAUGACGGCAACACGCUCAAUUCACCUAGGAAUCUAGCGCUCGAGGCAACCUUCAUUAAUCACAACUUUUCGCAGCAGGUACUCAAGUCAAAUGAGCCGCGUUAUAAAUUCGAAGAGGGCAAUCCUUUUAUUGCGGAGGAAGAGGAGAGCGAUGUAGCCAGCGUAGCUUACCGUUAUCGCAAGUGGGACCUCAACAACGGCAUAGUGCUCGUCGCUCGCUGCGAGCACGAUGCCGUGAUGCAAGGACCGAACAACGAGAACCAAUUUUUGACGAUUAAGGCGCUGAACGAGUGGGACUCGAAGCUGGCCAAUGGGGUUGAGUGGCGACAGAAGCUCGACACACAACGCGGAGCGGUAUUGGCUAAUGAAUUACGCAACAAUGCCUGUAAACUCGCGAAAUGGACGGUACAGGCGUUGUUAGCUGGUUCAGAUCAGCUGAAAUUUGGCUAUGUAUCGCGCGCUAUCGUGCGAGACUCCAGCAAGCACGUAAUUCUCGGUACUCAGCAGUAUAAGCCGAACGAAUUCGCCACGCAGAUCAACUUGAACAUGGACAAUGCAUGGGGUAUUCUGAGAUGUAUCAUCGACAUAUGCAUGAAGCAGAAAGACGGCAAAUACUUGAUAAUGAAGGACCCGAACAAGCCUAUGAUUCGGUUGUACGAUAUUCCCGACAAUACCUUUGAAAGUGAGGGCGAGGAAGAUGAAGACGAUGACGAACCUGUUAACGACGCAUUUCAGAGUUAAGCCGCAGCAUUAAUCACGCCCAUCAUUCAACUAUGCGAUUACUUGGACUUUUAUGUUUAUAUAUAAUAUGUUUAUAUAACUUUUUCUUUAUAUAUACACAUAUAUACAAAAUUCGAAUAAUUAUUUUGGUGAGUAAAUUUGAGAA